AGCCUGGCGGCGUUCCCGGGCGCAUCCCGAGAACUUGUGUUGGCCUUCCUCAAGCCGGGGAGGCGUUGGGCAGAGCUGGGCUGCGGCUCCGCCCUCGGGGGUUGCCGUUUCCUUAGAAGGCGAAGCCCUAAGCCUGGCCUCUCGCCCACGGGGAGUCCGCGGUACGCCUCCCGCACCCCUUGAGACCAGGACUUGUGCGAGCGCGGGAAGACCGGCGGAGCCUGUGCUUCAGCUCGGGCGUGGACGGGGCGGGCGCCGGGGCGGGGCGCGCGCUCCCGGGUUUGAAUGGAAGGGUCUAGACUGGCGGCGACAGCGGCGAGUGGGUCCUGAAGCCCAACUCCAUCGUCGCUCGGCGCGCCAUGCGUCUGGAGAGGUGUGGCGCCUUUCGCCUGCGCUUCGGCCAUGGAGGUGCUGCGGCGCUCUUCUGUCUUUGCUGCCGAGUUCAUGGACGCCUUUGAUCGUUCUCCCACAGACAAGGAGCUGGUGGCUCAGGCUAAAGCACUAGGCCGGGAGUACGUGCAUGCCCGGCUUUUGCGCGCCGGCCUCUCUUGGAGCGCACCAGAGCGUGCUUCACUUGCCCCAGGAGGACGCCUGGCAGAGGUGUGCACUGUGCUGCUGCGCUUGGGGGAUGAACUGGAGCAGAUCCGUCCCAGCGUAUACCGAAAUGUGGCCCGGCAGUUGCAUAUCUCCCUACAGUCUGAGCCCGUGGUGACCGAUGCCUUCCUUGCUGUAGCAGGCCACAUCUUCUCAGCAGGCAUCACAUGGGGCAAGGUAGUGUCCCUGUACUCUGUGGCCGCGGGCCUAGCAGUGGACUGUGUCCGGCAGGCUCAGCCUGCCAUGGUUCACGCCCUGGUUGAUUGCCUGGGGGAGUUUGUGCGCAAGACCCUGGCGACCUGGCUGCGGAGGCGUGGUGGAUGGACGGAUGUCCUCAAGUGUGUGGUCAGCACAGACCCUGGCUUCCGCUCCCACUGGCUCGUGGCCACACUCUGCAGUUUUGGGCGCUUCCUCAAAGCUGCAUUCUUCCUGUUGUUGCCAGAGAGAUGAAUUGCCCACCAGGGCAGGGGCCAAUCCUAUGGCCCCUGGGCCCAACUCAUGGGGGCCCCCAGCACCUGAAAAGCACUUCCCUCACUCAAAUUGGGAGCAUCCAGCCCCUGGGGCCCUGUCCCAUACCCCAUUCCUUUGUGGAACCUGGCCUCUGGGAGGGGUGGUCGGAGAGGCCAGAGUCUAGGAGCUGGCCUCUAUGUCUGCUGUACUCUUCUCCUGGAACUCCUGCCACAAAGUCCAGGCCUAGAGAAAAGGACCUAUGAACACUUUCACAUGAUGCUCCAGGCCCCACCCCAGGACAUGAGCUGGCCUCAGUCUUGGGGAAAAGCAGGUCCUGUACAUUUGAUCUGAAGGUGACUCUGGCUAAUGGAGGGGGAGCCG